AUGGGCUGCUUCGCUAAAUGGAGAUUCACCAGAAAAAAAACGUCCGAUCGAGAUAAUAGAGAUGGCGUGCUCCAUUCUCCGACCGCAGAGCUACAUGCGCCUAGCCCUGCUAAAUCCUCCUCGAAUAUGACAAGCCCUGAACAACCUUCCUGUGUUGCUGAAAUGCCUUCCGAGCAAGUCAAGCCAGCUUCAGUGACUUCAAAUACUGGCUCGGUCCCAGGCCUCGCCGAAUCUCCCUCACUUGCUGUGAUUACCGCGCAGCCUCCGGAGCAGUCUUGGCAAACCAUGUCUGCUCCAGCGGUGACUUCUAAUUCUACUCUGGUCUCCGGCUCCACGGAAGAGCCUCCCGAGCAAGCUAAUUCUGCUCUGUUCACUCUGAACACUCUUAUCUCACCAAGUAACGACCGCGAUCUUUGGGCUAGCGCAUAUGAAUUAUUACAGAACCAAGAGCCCGAGUUGAUGGAAGACUACAGGAAGCACUUAGGCUCAGUGCAACACGACAAGCCCGCAGACGCGAUUUUCUUAAAUCCGCAGUCAGUGCAAUUAGUUGUGGAAUUGUUGCUGAAAGAUCGAGAGAAGAAGCAGUGGCGAUUCUCGUUUCUCGGAAAAGAUGUGAAGAUGCGAGAGCAGAUUGAGAAACUAACCAAGUUCCUUCUCUGGGCCGACCCUAUUGUUAAGAGCGCGGUCAGCACACAACCAUAUGCAGCAUUAGCAUGGGCUGGAGUUUCGUUGCUUCUACCAGUAGGUUGA